AUGUCUCGCUCUCUCCCUUCAAAUUGCACACACCAAUCACUUAUUCCUACACAGGCAAAACCUGAAAAUCUCGACAACUUGAUUUCCCAAUAUCAUCCAACUUCUCUGCCUCCCCCUCACCAUUUCUCCUCUUCAUCACAUCCUACAUAUACCGCCAUUCCUCCUCUUCCUUCACCUUAUUCUUUACACUUACUCGAAGCAUACCAUUUCUUCCUCUCUUCAAGCAACCACUCCAGUGUGCAAACAACCAAUGCACUCCAUUCACCUCCUCCAACUCCUUCUUCGUUAGGCUCCACUUCAACAGGUGCUCUCUUUUCUCUGCCUCACGUACAUUCCCUCUCCCAACUAGCUCUCCUCACCUCCAUCGAUAACACCCUCACUACAUUCCUCGAGACCUCUAUAUCGCUGUCCUCCACUUCCCCUACCACUUAUCGCCACAUUUGCCCUGCUUCUCCACAUCCUUCUCGUACCCCUCCUCCUCCUCCUAAACCUUUCCCCUCCCAUCCACCUCCUACUUUCUCUUCUUCCACUCCAUCCACUUCUACCUCCCACCCAGUUCCAGUUAUUCCCCCCAACGUUCAUCACACCAAUCACCAAACACAUCAUCAAAUUCCUCCAAUUUCUACUAAAUCCUACCAUCCACAUUCUAUUCAAAUGCAACUGUGUCCGCCUUCAAAACAAUCUUCUUUGCAUCCACUUCAAAUGUCCUCCCACAUUUAA